UUUGUAUGCAAUGCAAACAGGGAUGAAGAUUGAUAGUAAAACCCCAGAAUGCCGUAAAUUUUUAUCCAAACUUAUGGAUCAGUUGGAAGCUAUGAAAAAGCAAUUUGGUGAUAACGAAGCAAUUACUCAGGAAAUUGUUGGUUCUGCUCAUGUGGAGAAUUAUGCUUUGAAAAUGUUUUUAUAUGCAGACAAUGAAGACAGAGCUGGGCAAUUUCAUAAAAACAUGAUAAAGUCCUUUUAUACUGCAAGUCUUCUGAUAGACGUUCUAACAGUAUUUGGAGAGCUCUCUGAAGAGAACGCCCAGCACAGGAAGUAUGCCAGGUGGAAGGCAGCAUACAUUCAUAACUGCUUGAAGAAUGGAGAGACUCCUCAGCCUGGGCCUAUUGGAAUGGAAGGAGAGAGCUUUGAUGUGGAAAGGGAAGAACCAGGGUCAUCUUCUCUCCAUAGUGGAACAACUCAACCAACAUCAUCCUCAUCUACGUAUGAGGCUAGUAACAUGCCAUCUAGUAAUUACACUGGCAUACAUAUACCGCCAGGUGCCCAUGCACCAGCCAACACCCCAGCUGAAGUACCUCAUAACACAGGUAUGUCUGAAUCACACCCAAAAAAUUAA